UUCGAUCAUGCAGCGCAUCCUUCUCGCCACGCUUGCCGCCACCGCCGUCUCGGCCAGCUUUACGCCGGCCGAGCGCACGCAGCUCACAACGCCGCUCAACGCAUGGCUUCAUGAAUUUGGCGCCGAGUCUUUGCCGUCGGGCGUCAACGCGUCGCAGACCGAAGAGCUUCUGACGCGUCUCGCGUCGGCCAACAAGGCGAUUGCGGGUCUCUCGGCGACCCAACCGAGCGCCACGUUUGGUCUGGGCCCCAUGGCCCUCUACACGCACGAGGAGUUCAAGGUGUUCCUCGGCCGUUCGUUCAAGCGCGGAAAGCGCGUGCUCCGUUCGGCGGACGUCGACUACGCCACGCUCGCGGCGUCAACGGCCACGGACGUCGUCGACUGGACGACGUCGACAUGCGUCAACCCGAUCAAGAACCAGGGCAAGUGCGGGUCGUGCUGGGCCUUCUCGGCCACGGGUGCCGUCGAGUCGUGA